CUCUCUAACCACAUGCGCUUUCACAGCAUCACUGCGGAAGAUUCCAUAAGUAGUUUUACUGUCAAGCUGUUUAGCAAUUGAAGAUGAUGGAGUCGGCUCUUGAACUCGUGCCUCUCAAUUACGCUCCACCGAUUUCCCCAAUGUUUCAACCACUUACUCCUCACGACUCAAACUUAACUGGCCAUAAGAGGGUGAGAACAUCGGAUAUUAGUCCUAGUACAUUUACAUACGAGAGACGUGCUAAGAAGAACGCAAGAACUGUAUCAGAGAAAGUUAUUGAACAUUCUGAUCCAUUUGCUGUAAGAGCUGUAGUGGAAAAAUGUGAAACUGGGGAGUAUGGAAGCGUGACAAAGGAAUUGAAGGGACUUCUGUCUUUGAAUGCUAGGUUUCGGAAUAAAUAUUAUGCCCUUUAUCCUGAAGUUAAACUUAAAUAUGAAGGUGUUGAUGUGGCGUACUACAGUAAUGAUAUUGUAAGUUUGGAAAAUCCAGCUAGCUCUUCUGGUCAGACUAAUAAUGUGAUAGAUUUGGAUGGCGAUGAAGAUGUUGUUGUGGUUGCUUCACCUUCUGUAAACAAUGUGAAGGGACAAAUUGUACCACUUGUCAUUAUUGAUUCUGAUGAAGAAGAGCCUGAGCCUGAGCCUGAGCCUGAGCCUGAUCGUAAUAAACGUCUCCUUUGUCCAUUCCAAGAGGUUGCUUUGCCAAAAUCUGAGGAAUUUUUAAUGAAGAAUUAUCUGGACAUGAGUUAUCCCCCACGAUCAAAUACCAAAAAGAUUCAGGAAAAGAGCACUGCACGACCAAGUAGCAAAAAGAUUAAGGAAAAGAGUUCUCAUGUUGGACCAAGUAUCAAAAAGGAAGAUGUAGACCAAAAUCUUGAAGAAGAAUACAAACCAAUUAGUAUUAAAAAGAAGUCUAAAAAAGAUAAAGGUGUUUAUGCCGGGAUGGAGGAUGAUGAGUUAGAGGAACCUCAGGAAAAUGAAGCUGAGAAAGAGAAAGAUAAAGGUGUAUAUGUCGGAGUGGAGGAUGAUGAGUUAGCAGAACAUGAUGAAUCUGAAUCCGAACAGGAAGAUCUGUCUCACAUUUGGACGGAGAUGACUGUUGCAUUAGAAUGUUCAAAGGUUGCUUCUGUUGAUCCUCCUCCAACUGAGGAACAUGUACAAGAGGAAGGAGAUGAUUGUGACCAUGACUUUAUCUUGAAAGAUGAUAUUGGUUAUGUUUGCUGCAUUUGUGGGGUCAUUCAGAGAAAAAUUGAGACCAUAAUUGAGUACCAAUAUGCAAAGAGCUCAAGAUCGGGACGGACUUCCAAAUAUGAACCCAGGACAUCUAAAGAAAAGGAGUCUAUUGAAACGACUCAUGAUGGGGUUAAAUAUUCAGGAAAGAAUUUCAUUGUUGCCGAAAUGUUUGCUCACCCAAGGCACAGCAAGCAAAUGAAGCCACAUCAAGUCGAAGGGUUCAAUUUUCUGUUGAGUAAUUUAAUGGCAGACGAACCUGGUGGCUGUAUCAUGGCUCACGCUCCAGGAUCCGGAAAAACUUUCAUGAUAAUCAGCUUCAUACAAAGCUUCAUGGCUAAAUAUCCUCUUGCUCGACCAUUAGUCAUACUUCCCAAAGGCAUCUUAACAACAUGGAAAAAAGAAUUCCAAAGAUGGCAAAUUGAAGAUCUUCCACUUUUCGACUUCUAUUCUGUAAAAGCAGAUUCAAGAACUCAGCAGCUUGAAGUCUUAAAACAAUGGGCUAGCGUGAAAAGCAUUCUAUUUCUAGGGUAUAAACAGUUUUCCACCAUUGUAACCGACGACGAAAGAAACAAAGUGGCCGCCGCUUGUCAGGAGAUAUUACUAACUUACCCUUCAAUCCUCAUCUUGGACGAGGGACAUACUCCGAGAAAUGAGAACACUGACGUUCUAAAUUCGCUUCGAAAGAUCCAAACGCCUAGAAAGGUAGUACUUUCGGGCACACUGUAUCAGAACCACGUGAAGGAAGUUUUCAAUAUAUUCGAUCUUGUCCGUCCAAAGUUCUUGAAAACCGAAACUUCCAGAUCCAUCAUCCGUCGGAUAUUGAGUCGAGUCCCAAGCGUCAGACGUCACGUGAAAGCCAAGGGUUUGGAAAGCGUCUUCUUCGAAUCGGUUGAGCUCGCGCUUCAGAAAGACGAAAACUUUAAGAGGAAGACAACCGUCAUACAGGACCUACGCGAAAUGACGAGGAACGUUCUUCAUUACUAUAGGGGAGAUUUUCUAGACGAAUUACCCGGGCUUAUUGAUUUCACGGUCUUUCUUCAUCUAACUCCUUCUCAGAAGCUCGAACUCGAAGACGUGAGGAAUUUAGUUAGGAGAUUUACGAUUAGUUCGCAUGGGAGUGCUCUUUACGUCCACCCGAAGCUGAAAACCCUUUUGAAGAGUUCGUCUAACCGAGAACAGAAUAUCGACGAUGUCAGAGUGGAUCAAUUGCUGGAGAAGAUUGAUUUACGAGAAGGUGUGAAGGCUAAGUUUUUCCUGAAUUUAAUCUCGUUAUGUGAAUCAGCCAACGAGAAACUGCUAGUCUUCAGCCAAUAUCUUCCCCCUUUAAAAUGUCUGGAACGUUUAGCGGUUAAAGAGAAAGGUUGGAGCAUGGGGAAAGAAUUAUUUGUUAUAACAGGGGACUCGAGUACCGAAAAUCGAGAAUGGUCGAUGGACUGCUUUAAUAAUUCGCCAGACGCAAGAGUUUUUUUCGGUUCAAUCAAGGCUUGUGGGGAAGGAAUUUCAUUGGUGGGGGCUUCUCGAAUACUUAUAUUGGAUGUUCAUUUGAAUCCUUCAGUUACUAGGCAAGCAAUUGGGCGCGCUUUUAGGCCCGGGCAAGAGAAGAAGGUUUAUGUUUACAGAUUGGUAGCGGCUGAGUCUCCGGAAGAGGAGGAUCACAUGACAUGUUUUAUGAAGGAAUCAAUUGCGAAAAUGUGGUUCGAGUGGAAUGAGUACGGCGGUAAACAGGAGUUUGCGAUGGAGACUGUGGACAUAACGAACUGUGGCGAUCAGUUUCUUGAAUCUCCUAAGUUGAUGGAAGAUAUUAAAUCUCUGUAUAGAAGGUUGGUUGGUUAUUUAUUUUAUUUUUCAGUAUUAAACAAAAUUUGAUUAUUUUAUUUUUUU